UCUACUCUCGCUCUCUUGGUUCUCUUGGUCUUUCUGCUGCCACCCCCGUCCGUCCUGAUCAACCCCCCGGUCUCUCGUCCCUCGUCCCUUGUCGUGUGUUUCCAUCAAUCAAUCAAUCUCCCAUCCUUCGCUGCCUCGUCCAUCCACAUUCCUUCUUGCGUCCCCUUCCAUUCCUUUACACCACCCUCGCUUUUUUCUCUCUUCCCUUCCCUUCCCUUUUACUCCUCACGCUCGCUCUCCUCUUGUCGCCCCCACCUCUCUCCCGACCUCGUCUCUUCGACAGUCGAAUUUCGACAUCCCCUCGCCUCCGUCAAGAAUUCAUCCGGCGACGUCGAACCUCCUCUCCGAUUCUCAACCUGCGCCUCCUCACGCCGUGAAAGGGGUCUUUUUUGCCGUCGAGCCGAUCUAACCGCCCCCCUUAUGUGCUUUGGACGCAUUUGA